AUGAGCUUCACUUUGCCACUUUACCGAAAAGCCAUUACCGCCAGCAUCGCUGCUGCACAAUCUAUGCCAUCACGUUGCCGACGUACUGCUACCAUGGCUACUGCACGAACCGUUUCUACACCAAACACCGUUGCCGAUGACAUGUUCCCCAUUCAUAUGCAUCCAAAGUCUCCAAGCAAGCUUGUCAAUUUUACGUCUCAUGAAGGAAAGCGAUUGUUUCGUGGUGCUAUGGAUCAGGGUCAUACUGAAAGCUUUUUCAAGCUCAUGGGCAACUUUUCUACACAAUCAUCACCCAUGUUGGGAGGUGUUAGUUCAUUGGCAAUGGCACUCAAUGCACUUGAAAUCGAUCCCAAGCGGCGUUGGAAAGGAAAUUGGCGAUGGUAUUCAGAUGAACUCCUUGAAACAUGUUCAAGCAAAGAAGAAGUGCUCUUGAGAGGCAUGUCGUUUGAUGAAUUCAGCUGCUUGGCAAAGUCGCAUUGCCAUGUAGAAGCACGACGAGCUCGAUUUACCCGAUAUCAACAAUUCCUCAAUGAUUUGGAAGCCAUCACUGCCAACAAUAGCCGUCAAGUGAUGGUGAUUAGCUAUUCUCGAUCUCGUAUUGGGCAAAUGGGACAGCAAGGAGGUCAUUUUAGUCCUAUUGGUGGAUACAACAAGGAAGAAAAUAUGGUGUUGAUCAUGGAUGUUGCCCGUGGACAAUAUCCCAGCGUGUGGGUGGAUGCCGAAUUGCUGUUUCAAUCAAUGCAGGAGCGAGAAUUGGACAUGCUCGGUAAAAGCCGUGGCUAUUUUUUGCUACAAGCGCCACAACAACAUCAAGCAUCCAUGAUGACAACGAUGAUGGAUCGAUCACCCAACAAGUGCAGUGGAUGCUCAAGACAAUGCAGCAAGCGAUUUCAAAUGCCUACUACAACUACCGCAGCAGCAGCAGCAACAGCGGCGCACUAA